AUGUCUUCACAGAGCAAACUGAUAGAAAUGCAACUGGAAAGAGAUGCACUUCAGGAUUGCAGACAAAAGGGGUCUCAAAGCCAAGAGAAUCUACAAAUACAGUUAAAAAAUAGUACUGGAGAGCUGGAAGCUGCCAGCCAGCAGUGGGACCAGGUGCUGAGGGAGGCUGGCAGCCAAAAUGAGCAUCUGACACAAGUGCUCCACAGCCACGAGGAGUUACUGCUGGAAUUACCUGGCAGCCUAAUGGACUGCAGAGACAGGGCAGGCAGGAAGCUCUGUGAGCACGAGGACAUUGCCAGCCUGAGCACAGCAUUUUGUGGUGUCCUGCAGGAUCUGGACUCCCAGGUGUCACACCUCAAAGGAAAGCUGGUCCUGGUGGAGGAGGAACUUCAGUCACUGACAAAAGAGUCACAGAUCCGAAAAGAACUGCUCCAACAUCAAAUGAGGAUCGAGCAGCUAAGAAAUGAGCAUGAGCACGAGGUGGCAGCACUGCCUCGUAAAGCUGGCAGCGCCUGCAGCUUAGAACAAGCAAGAAGCCCAAAUUUGGUGCAUCCACAUCAAGUCUGUCACCUGGAAUCCAGAGUUUGUCGGCUCUGUUCCCAGCUGGGAGAAUUGAAGAGGAUCUGUGAAAACAAGGUCCAAGGCCUUGAAAAGUAGUUGCACUUAGCUCACUCUGAGACAGCAGAAGCUCAGACAGACCAGCUACAACAUAGCCAUGGAAAUCCAAAUAACCAGAUUCAUAAAUUGUUGGUUAACUUCACAAAAAAAGAGACAGAGCUAAGCCUAGAAAAAGAGCAAAACAAGCAAUUUUGGGAUCAGAACACGAACAGCACCAUCAUAGAGCAGCUCAGGAGGCAGCUGGACAACAGAAACAUGCAGCUGCAGAGCAUGGAAAAGGCUCUGAAGGAAAUGAUGAUGGAGUGCUGCAGACAAAUGCAGUGCCAGAUGACUGCAACUGAGGAAAAAAAUGAAAGCAUUGGAAGAAUCUUCUCUCUGACUGUGCAGCUGGACAUGACCAAGGAAGCACUGCGUAAAGUCACGGGUUUGGCAGCCGAACAGAGGGAUUUGGAGGCUGCUGAGCAAACAGCCUCAGAUCUGGUGGCCUGUCUGCAGGAGAAGGAGAGAGCCCUUGGGGCUAGCAGGCAGGAAAUCAGGGAGCUGCCUUGCCAGCUUGGCAGCAGGACACAGGAGCUGCAGCAUGCAAGGAGUGAAGAGGGCUGCUUACACAAGGUGCAGUCAGAGCGUGAGGCACUGAAACUGUGCAUGUUGGAGAAGGAAAGGAUGGUGGAGAUCUUCCAAAAGCAAAUUGAUAACGUGACCCAGAUCAUGGGCCAGCACGGCCAAACUGCUGGGGCAAUGGAAGUGGAGAAAUCCCAGCUGAAAAAAGAAAUAAAUGACUGGAAACUCAAAGCAGAAGAGCUUAAGGUCACAAAGGAUGAGAAAAAAGCCGGAAUAGGUGAAAUGGAAGCUAGGCUGAAUGAGCUGGAGCUGGAAAAGGUUCAGCUGGUUAACAGCACCAAGAGGCUCCAGGCACUGAAUGAUGCAAAACUGGAAAAAGAGGAGCUCCUGCAGGAACUCCAGGCUGGCCAGAGGGAGCUGGCUGGCCUUGCAGGUAGGGAGCAUUUGAAGAGGAAUUAUCAGGGUGAAGUCAAGAAAAUGGAAAAUGCUGCAAACAGACUGAAAAUGCAAUUGAAGUCAGCCCAAGCUGAACUGAAGCAGGCCAAGACUGCUCUAAAGACUACAGAGGGACCUGAUGGCAAUUCUCUGGAAGCUGCAGCAAGAACGCAGAAGCAGAUCACAGCCAAGAGAGGACAGAUAGAUGCACUACAGAGCAAGAUGAAAUUCUUGGAAGAGGCAAUGGCAAACACAGCUAAGGAGAAGCAUUACCUCGGAGAAGAAAAUAAUAAACUAAAUUGGAAACUGAGCUGUAUUAGAGCAGAAAAUAUCAGGAUUGCUGGGGACCUGGAGAUCCUGAGCUCACAAGACAAACAACUGAAAGAAAAACUAUCAAAGAUGGAGACAGCCUUUGAUAAGGCAUCCCUGCAGUUUGCAGAGUGCCAGUGCAUCAUCCAGUGCCAGCAGCAGGAAGCCAUGUGCUGCAGGUUGCAGCACAUCUUGGAUGUGAGAGAGAACCUGGGGUCACCAGUUAAAAAGGACGAAACAAGAGUCAAGGGGAAGAAAUACAUGCAUUUGGAUGAGUUGAGCUAA